AUGUGGCUCUACCGGGGUGCGCAGUCCGCGGUCUUCUACUAUGCCACCUGCACCCCCUGCGCCGAAGGCAUUGACCGACGAAAACGCAGGAAGGAUGCCGUCCGAACUCAACGUCUCAAGGAGAAACUCGACCCUGACAUCGUGACCGACCAACCCCGUCUCUUCCCACAGCCAACACCGUUCAGCACCAAUGAAGGAUGGGAUCAAGAGAUCGCCAUGGGCCCCGGACCUCCAGCCCGGCGACACCGCAAGAUGCCACGGACCGAUAGUUGGAAUACCGAUCAGAGCUCGCAACUGAAGAAGGACAAAAGUGGCGGCUUGAUGCACCCAAUUGCGGAACGAUGGAAGCGCUACCAACGAGAGGACGAACCCCUUUGGGGUCAGGAUUAUGAUUCAGACUGGGGCCAGGAGGUACGCGGGUCGUCAAUUGGCUUCUCAGGACGUGGUCGUGCGAUCCAGGAAGAACCUUCCAAAUACUACAUGCCCCGACCUCCCCCUAUCAACGACAUCCAUCCGCCGAUUGUAAGUGGGCCAAUCAGCCGUGCUGAGACAAGAUGGAUGCUCCAACCACCACCCAGUGCGAAAGUAAUGGCCGGAAAGGAACGUUUUCCUACUUCCCCCCGUGACAGUAUGGGUCCUUUCGCCCGUGACCGUACCUCCCGUAUGUCCCGACAGGGCCCUAUCGUCGAAGAACAUCGAUCGGGGCCUGCCGAUGGAAAUAUCGACGAGACUAUCGAGCAGGAAUUACCACGGCGGCCGUCUGCAUCUCGCGGGCGUGGUCACUCUAAAACCAGCGAGGAAAUGGACGAACCCCCUUUUUCUCGAGACUCCAUGUCCUCCCUUGCCAACUCAGACGACCAGUCCUUUACCACCUCAUGGAGAUAUCCAGAUACACCUGGUACCCGACCGGCUUCCAAGUCUACUGAUGGCAGCGAAAGAAUUUAUGCCCGCCCGCAAAUCUCCAAGACCCUUUCUACUAUUCAACGCGGAGACAAACAAAAGUUCCACUGCUUGCAACUAGAGAUCAAUGACGAUUCCCGCGAGGAAGUUGGACUUGGACAACUCGAACCCAUACGCCCAUGGCGCUGGAGUAUGGACAUUUAA